UCCAAAAAUCAAAAUAUAAACCGAAUACAUCUUCUUCAGAUGCCGUCAGUGCGCAAGCGGGAUCUCUACACAUCUCGCGAGACUCCGUCACGGCUCGUCGUUGGUGCGCUUCAGCUCUCGCGAUACUCGUUCACGUCUCACCGGUGGUGCUCCGUCUGUUUGCGGCUCGCAGAGAAGAUGGCGGCGCGUGGUGGUUUUCAGCCUGCGACACCCGGAGGCGGCGGAGCUCCGAUGGGACCCGGGCCGCCGGUAGCCGGUGCAGGGCCCGGAAUGGGUCCCGGUACGCCCUCAGGACGGAUGGGGCCCGGCGGCCCGCAGAACCAUAUGUAUCGAUCACCGAUGCCCGGAUACCCGAGACCAGGAAUGCCUCCAGCCAAUCGUAUGACCCCUCAGGGACCCCCCAUGGGACCCCCAGGUUACGGGUCCAGUCCAGUGUCCCGCCCCGGUAUGCCAGUCAUGGACCCAUCCCGCAAGCGACCGCCGCCAAAUCAGAUCCAACAGGUCCAGCAACAGAAUCGCAACCAACAUGCCAAGAAGAAGAAAAUGGCAGAUAAAAUCCUACCUCAGAGAAUCAGAGAGCUUGUUCCCGAGUCUCAGGCGUACAUGGACCUGCUAGCAUUUGAGAGAAAGCUCGACCAGACCAUCAUGCGCAAAAGACUCGAUAUUCAGGAAGCUCUCAAAAGACCCAUCAAGCAAAAAAGAAAACUACGGAUAUUUAUCUCCAACACCUUCAACCCUGCCAAACCAGAUGCAGAGGACGGUGAAGGAACCGUUGCAUCUUGGGAGUUGCGUGUGGAGGGACGACUUCUUGAAGACACUGCUGUGUCCAAGUAUGAAGCCACCAAGCAGAAGAGGAAGUUUUCUUCUUUUUUCAAGUCUUUAGUGAUCGAGUUGGACAAAGACUUAUAUGGACCUGACAAUCAUUUGGUGGAGUGGCACCGAACAGCCACGACUCAGGAGACUGAUGGAUUUCAGGUGAAGAGGCCUGGAGAUGUUGGCGUCCGCUGUACUGUACUGCUCAUGCUGGACUACCAGCCUCCUCAGUUUAAGUUGGACCCCAGACUUGCCCGGUUGCUGGGGAUCCACACUCAAACGCGGCCCGUGAUUAUUCAGGCUCUGUGGCAGUACGUCAAGACCCACAAACUCCAGGACCCUCACGAACGAGAGUUCAUUAACUGUGAUAAAUACCUCCAGCAGAUCUUUGAAACCCAGAGGAUGAAGUUUUCUGAGAUUCCUCAACGGCUGCAUGCACUACUGAUGCCUCCCGAGCCAAUCAUCAUCAACCAUGUCAUAAGCGUGGACCCCAACGACCAGAAGAAGACGGCGUGUUAUGAUAUAGACGUGGAGGUGGACGACACCUUGAAGACCCAGAUGAACUCUUUUCUGCUUUCCACAGCCAGUCAGCAAGAGAUUGCAGGCCUCGACAACAAGAUUCAUGAGACCAUCGAAACCAUUAACCACCUGAAGACUCAAAGGGAGUUCAUGUUGAGCUUCGCACGAGACCCGCAGGGCUUCAUCAACGACUGGCUCCAGUCGCAGUGCCGAGACUUGAAGACCAUGACAGAUGUGGUUGGUAACCCGGAGGAGGAGAGGAGAGCCGAGUUCUACUACCAACCCUGGGCUCAGGAGGCUGUGUGCCGAUAUUUCUAUUCAAAGGUUCAGCAAAGGAGACAGGAGCUGGAACAGGCUCUUGGCAUUCGAAACACAUAAGCAAGCUCGCGGCCGUUACGACACAGGACCAGAGGGGGUUCUGGGUAGCAAAUGUCCUACUGUUCUGUGCUGCAGACACUGAUCACUACAGUUAUAUUACAGUUUAUCUUGUGCUGUCCUGCUGUAGCUGCCCAGGAAUGACUCCUUAUACAGAAACAAACUUAUUUUUGUUGUGACUCUGCAAACUCAAACACCCCGUUGUCUGCUGUCAUCCUUAUUUUGACAUAUUUCACGGUUCCCAUGUGACUGAACAUUUGUCAAGGUGAUUUUGCUAUGCUGUCACUUUGGAAAAUGUAGUUUUCUGACCAAACUGACAGGCUUCGUUGGAUCAUUUAAUUCCAAGUCGUAAGAAUGCUCUUGGACGUGCUAAUGUUUGAGCCCAUUCGCUGCUUUCCAUAUUAACCAAUCGGUUGGAGGGGUCAUUGUUUAUUUUUAAAGUUAUUGAUAUUGUCUUUGAUAUUUUAAUGUUCUCAUAAUAUGAACUUUAUGAAGAUCUAGUCUAGUUAAGCAUAGAUGGCGGAUAAUGACGUAGUUUAGUACCUCAGCUCUGUGAAGAUGAAUUAUUUGGAGGAAGUUCCUCAUACAAGUCUGUUGGCGUUAAAAGCAAGCUUAUUGGUUAACGUUUUCUGCAACGCUUAGUAAAUAUGUUUUUUUAUCAGACGUCCUUUGUUCAAUAGUCGUUUUACAUCCACCAGAUUAGAUGUAUUGCUGAUUGACCUGUUUGAUUAUAGAUCUUUUGGUCACAAGCUUCGCCCUCGACUGUAAAGUACUUCCAAUCUAACCUUGCUGUGAUAUGUUUUAAUACAUUUAGAGAAUUGCCUUUAUAGUUUUUUUUGUUUGUUUAUUUGAUUAUCGUCAUUAAAGUCACUUUGAAAGGAGGGCAAUGUGAAAAACCUGCCAAGGCGAGUACUAACCAUCCGUGGCCACCCACAAAAUGUCUGGGAAAACGGGUGUUUUAAUAUUUUUUAGAUGCGCUGCAGAGAGGCCAUGGGUUCUUCCACUCAAGUAAUUAAAAGCAUUUAGAAGUCAAGUGCUAAAGACUUUAACAUUCUGAGUAGUUUAAGUUUUAACUUGAUUUUUUUAUCUUCCAAUCUUGUUUUUCUUUAUUUUCUUUAAUGGACCAAAUGUUGUAUUUCUCUGUUAGCCCUUGUGUUAUAAUAAAGAUAAUCUUGUAUCAAUGCUGAA